CGUUUGACAGCGCAGAGUUCUUCGUCGUCGUCGUUUCGUCUUCGAAGUCGUCGUCGCGUGUGCGUGUGUGAAAAAAAGGAAAACUUUCCUCGGAAAAUUUGGAACUCUAUAGGUGGAAAAACGAAGAAAAACCCAUCACCGUCGGGAGUUUACGGUGUGGAAAAACUUUUCGGAUAGCAGGAACCACCGAGAAGCGAAGGAGUUUUCUGCACCGGCUGUGUUUCCAGUUCCGAAUAAGAAGCUACCAAGAGACGGCCCAAGCAGAAAGGGAAGAUUUUUUUCGAAUUCGCGUGUGGCCGCAAGCAAGGAAAUAGAGUGUGUAUUUUGGAGGAGUGAGGAAAAAUUAUCAAUUUUGAAAGCGCAGAAAAUGUCGACAGUGAAAAAGUGCUAGCCAGAGUGCAUCUCAGUGAAUCCUUUCGAUAAAAAAGGGCAAAGAAUUCGAGUCGGUAAUAUGUUUCAAGCGCAUCAUUCUAGAAUCACCAGGAGUAACGAGGGAAGUCCAUCAUCAUCGCCACCAAUGGCUGCUACAACCGCAGCAGCAGCAGCAAGUGGAGCAGCGCUCAAUACCAGCACUGACAGCAAUUUAGACGAUGACCCCAACAGUUCUAUCAUCAACAAGGUCCGGUCCCGAGUGUCGAGCAUCCUGCCGGAUGCUUUGUCCAAGUGGUUCUCCCCAGCAAAGAGACCACGGGACACGUCCGGAGGCAGCAGUGGCAAUGAGCAGAACAAUAGCGGAAGCUCCGGGACACCGGCAGGCCGGAAUGGAAAUCUAUUGAGAAGGGGCGACCGUCUUAGGGAAUUCAGCUCGAACGAGAUGGAAGAACAAGGCACAGACCAACAGCGUCAACAACCGCAGCAAAAUUCAUAUGCUGAAGACGAGGAGGAGGAGGAUGAGGAUCAUGCUCCGCCGACUCGGAAAAAGAAACGCCUGGGGGAGGAAUUUAACACUUCCCUGGUGGAUUUCAGUGAAGAUCUUAGCGCGGUACCGGGCCCGAGUGGUAUCAACAUUUCCGCCAUUGAUCGUCGUAGUUCGCUUCCGAUGGCAGCUCAGCUUCCCCGGUACCGGAACACAUUCUCCUCGUCGACACCUUCCACAUCCCCACAGCAGCAGCAACAACAACAACAACAGCAAACGUCAACGGCACAAGGUGCAUUCAAUCGACUGACGCGGACUAGCCUGAUUGGCUACACUAACCGGGCAACGGCACCGUACAAUUUCGGUGCGUUUACGACUCCCAUCACCGAGGAGCAAGAUCAGGAAUCGGAACAAGCAAACGAAAGUAUAUCGACAACAAUUCGGCAUCGUAAAAGCAUUCGGGAGGUUAGCAGUCGGAAGCGUUUGAACAUCCCACCGAUGGCAGCGGAUCGUUCCACUUCGGAACCCCCGGCUCCAAUAUUCGGUCGAAAGUUUCCUCCCCAGACGCAGCAGCAGCAACAACAGGAGGAAGAAGGAAGCAGUGAAGAUCUUCGGAGGGAAGAAGAUGGAGAGGGAAACGUUCUGUCGAAUGGUAAUAUGAACGAGAGUGCUUCGGAGAGCAGUAGCGUCUCGAAUCUGAACCUGAGUCAGACGGAGGGCCAGAUGGAGCGCAGUAGACGAUUAUCUGGGUUCAUGGGGAACAGCCGGAGCAAGCGAAUCAGGGUCGGAGGUUCGACGGGAGACUUGUGCUUUUCAUCGCAUUUGGAAACGGAAAAGAGCCUGUUUUCGAUGAAAAACUCAGGCCAGUCAGGACGACCAGCGUUCAACGCAUCGCUUUAUGGAAGCACUUCUUCGCUGGGCAGCACCAAUAGCAGUUUGUUUGCGAAUUCUCCAUUCUACAAUGGAAGAACAAUGUACGGAGGGGCAUCGGCUUAUAGUAGCCGCAGAGACGCUCGUCAAAAGGCAUUGAGGGUUCCGGUUCAGAUCAGACCAUCAUCUUCGUUGUCGAAUUUCUCCUCUUCCAAUGCGAGCCUGGCAUCCGAUACGUCAGCCCUUUCCAAUACGGCCAAGAGAAUUUUGGAAAUUAUGAACCAAUGUUCCGGGCCGUUAAACGAAGCUCGAAAGCUGGGUAGCAGUCUGAGCUUGAAUAGCACGCUGGCAUCGGCCAAAGUUCCUGGACUGGUUCAGGCACGCAAGCGGUUUAACGAAGAAGAUCUCAGCAUGAACCGUAGCAUACGAAUGUCUAGUCCUCGAACACCUUACACUAGACCGCAGAGUGCCACCGGCAUCGGCAGUUCCACCUCCUCCAUCAACAAGCCACCAACAACAGAACUACAGAUCCCCACCAUGUCUCAACUAUUGCAAAUGAAACGUCUCCAAACCAAUACCGAGUCCGUUCGGCGGAUGGCAACCGAAUCCAGUGGCAGUACGGUGCUCAACGAACCGACACAUUACAAACUGCCGAAUGCCGAAGCGGACGACAGCAACAACAAUGUGAAACAUACCAGCAAGAUGCGCAACAAGUUGCACCGAAUCCGGGAGGAAUCCCACUCGGAUCGCGGCAACAAAGCUCCAGUGCCACAAGUGAACCUGCCGGAAGUGCAGCUGGCUGGUUUGAAAUCAGUUCCUAAAUUUGACAUCAAGUUGCCAAUAUCGUCGACGGUGUCGUCAUCAAAGCCAUCCGAAAAUCCCAAAACCAAACCGGUGACAACUUCAGCUACCACGGAUGGCUCCGUUAAAGCCAAGAAUAACAACGUGUAUAAAUUCUCAUCACCUGCGAAGCUUAACGUAACGGCUAACGCAGCGGCCGUCUUGAUCUCCAAGGCCAAAAACGACUUUAGAUUCAGUGAUCCGGAACCGAUUGGAGCUGGUAAGGGCAGUAGUUCAACACCGAUCACUUCCCUCAAGCUGGGAGGAUUCCAAUUCAAUCCGGAAAUGGCCAAACCAAAAACUCUAGCCCCUGCAGCGAUCCCAACAAGUCCUUCAACUCUUAAAACUCCAUUACCACUGAAAAGUGGUAGCUGUUUGGACGCUCUGAAAAGCAGUCCAGUCGUUACGGAGUUGAAAUCUGGAAGCUGUUUGCAAGCAUUGGCCAAACCGGUGGCUCCAGCCGUUGGUAACGGUACUACCUCUGGUUUCGGUAACGCCUUCAAGCUAACCAGCUCUAACAAAUGGGAAUGUGAUGCCUGUAUGGUACGAAACGAUCCGGAAAAGACCAAAUGUGUGGCUUGCGAGAGUCCAAAACCGGGAUCGAAACCGGAAGCGCCUAAGAGUAGUUUUUCGUUCGGUGCAUCUCCGGUGGCAUCGAGCAAGACUGCUCCUCCAGCAACAAUGACUGAUUCCGGAUUCAAGGCGCUCGUCGCUCAGCAGUCGGCCAAGUGGGAAUGUUCCGAUUGUAUGACACGAAAUAAUUCCGAUCAGCUCAAGUGCGCGUGCUGUGAGAAAGCAAAACCGGGAGUCGUGGCAGCAGCGUCAGCGGCCGCCGUUCCCGCUUCCGUAAAGUCGAUGUUCUCAAUGCCGACUGGCAGCAGUUCGGAUCAGGGCUUCAAAGCACUUGUCGCGCAACAAUCAGCCAACAAGUGGGAAUGCAGCGCCUGUAUGACUCGGAAUGAAGCUUCCCGAUCAAAGUGCGCUUGUUGUGAACAGGCCAAACCAGGCUCGACUCCGGAGAAUGCACCAUCCUUCUCUUUCGGAAGCAAACCAUCCUCCGCCGCGGCAAAGUUUAGCUUCGGAGUGCCUCAGGAUUCAGACGGAAAGGAAGCUUCCAAUACGACGGGGUUUUCUUUCGGCGUACCGGCUAGUUCGUCGGCCAGUGCCACAGCAUCAACCAGUACAGGAUUUAGCUUCGGUUCAGUGACGUCCACGACAAGUGCGACCAGCUCGGAAGAUAAGCCCAAAUUUAGCUUUGGAAGUAGUGGAAGUACGGCUGCUGCAGCCACGACGGCAGCCCUCGGUACGGGGAGUGGAUUAAGCUUCGGUAUUAAAAAUGCCGCUUCUUCUGACACUACGGAUAGCUCUAAGACAAGUGGGAAAAAGGAGCAAUCCACACCAGCGGCAUCUUUCGGAUCCGGUGGGUUCAGUUUUGGUUCCAAAUCUGCAACGUCCGAUCCGACGAAGAGUUCCGAAACGGUCACUUCCACGACGACAACCAGUGGAUUCAGUUUCGGUUCAGCCGCCAGCAAAUCUGCAGAAACAGCAAAAAGCACAGGUUUCUCGUUUGGACAACCUGCAGCUGUCGUCACGCCCAGCACUACGUCCACGACGAGCAGUACCAACUCAGCAACAGAACAGAAGAAAUCAGCGGUUACUUUCGGUUCAUUGGCUGCCGGGGCUACAACAGCAAGUUCUACACUUACAGCGCCCGCUAGUUCUUCGUUUGGCUUUGGAUCACCUGCAGCGGCAGCAGCAACAGCUAAGAGUGAAGAAAGCAAGCCAGCCAUCGUUGGAAGCGGAAUGUUUUCCUUCGGUUCUUCAAAAUCUGCAGCUCCAUCUGCUUCGACCACAAGUUCGACGGCUACUGCAACGACAGUGCCAACAGUCGAAACAAAGCCAUCGGCCUUUUCCGCCAGUACCGCCGGUACUUCCAGUGUUCCUAUAUUUGGUGGUGUUCAAAAACCAGCCGGACCUUCGAUUACCCCUAGUUUUAGCUUUGGGGCCGCUGCAACCGGAUCACCUUCUGCAGCUGCUACUAGUUCGACAACAUCCUCUAGCGCGGCAACCACAGCUACGUCAGCUUUCUCUUUCGGAUCGAAUGCAUCCAAACCUGCAGAAACCAGUACUACUAAAACCACUACCGGUACGGCCCCGUUAGCGCCAGCAGCAUCAAGCUUCGUUUUCGGCCAGAGCAGUCAACCGACCAACAAGGUAGUGCCGACCUUCGGUGCAGCAGCCACGGCAUCCUCCGAUAAACCCACGUUCGGUACAUUUGGAGCAGCAGCUUCUGCUGCAACAGCUAGCUCGACUGCUACUGCGGCUACAGGGAGCUCAAUCUUCGGCAGUGCAACGACUACUGCAGGAUUCAAUUUCGGCGGAGCGGCAGCUUCCACCGUGACACCAAAACCUGCCGAAUCCACCACGUCUGCAUUUACGUUUGGCGCUAGCAAAAGCAAUUCAUCCCUGGCGACCAACGCUACUCCAGUGUUUGGCACUACAGCUGCAGCGGCAGCUUCUGCCAACCCCAUUUUCGGUAGCACAUCUACCAAUACUCCCACAUUUGGCAGCUUCGGGUCAGCGACUGGCAAUGCUACCAACUCGACGCCAACGUUUGGCUCUAGUACUUUUGGAACGACAUCACCCGCCCCAGCCGGAAGUGCUUCUGGAUCGAUCUUCGGGCAAACAACGGCGCCGUCGGUGCCGGCAUUCGGAGCUGCGUCAAGCUCAUCGGCGGCCCCCGUGUUCGGUGCUGCUCCCCCGGCAUUUGGAUCAAGCAGUCCAUUUGGCGGCGGCGCAUCAGCCGCCACUGCCACCGGAGAUGAACCCCAGUCAAAGAAGAUGUUCGAGUUUGGCUCGAGCUCCACCGGGAAUAGUCAACCUACGGCGGCGGCCUUCCAGUUUGGCACCGGAAGCAGUAAUAAUAACAACAACAACAAUGACAACACCGCAAAACCGUUCUCCUUCUCGGCGAACUCUGCGCCCAGCUUUAACUUCACCGCUGGAUCCAACGUUGGACAAACGUCGGCUCCCUUUACCUUCGGAAGCAGUCAACCGGCCGGGCCGGUCAGCGGCGGGGUUUUCAGUUUUGGAGCAGCGGUCGGAGCCGGACCAGCAGCACCACCCGGCGGCGGACUAGGAGGAAUGGCUGACCGCCACAAGUAUACCUGGUCAAAAUCAGCAGCAGCCAGCCACUCGGCGGAAAAUCCGCGCCACGCGACGUAUCAUACCACGGUAGGAGCAAGACGCCAUCAAGCAGCAGCAGCAACUACUACAGCAUCGAACCACGCCGCUACGAUUACUCGCAACAAACACACUAACCUAGUAUGGACAAAGGACGGUCGUCAGAAUAGCAGCUACAGCAACGACAACAACAACAACCCGACACGUACAACGACGACAAAUAAGACGAGUACCUACGCCGGGAUGGUGGCGGCGGCCACCAGUCCGUCGCCGCCUCCAUCAUCAUCGCAGAACUAUGACAAAUCUCGAUUCCGAUACGUCUCGCCGGAGUUGAAACGUAAAUUGACAUCCUCCUCCGGUCAGCAGCUGCCCGAACAGGAGCCAGACGCAAUGUCGUGAACGGAUAAAGUGCUGCAAAAUUUGUUAUGUGUGAAGUAACAAGUAAACUAGAAGUAUGAAAUUCACGGGCGGGAUCGGUCUUGCCGCCGGUCCAUCCGAACGGAAUGGUAGAUACACUGCACUGUUUUUGUACAGUCGAAUUUGAGGAAAAUAGGCCUUUCCCCUUCUCCUCCCGAAUGAAGGAAUUAAAUUAUUUUAUAGAAAGCAGCUGUAUUUGCCAUC